AUGGUCUACAAAUUAAAUUUAUUUAUUGUUUUAUUUUUUCAUUUAAUAAUUCAAGCAAAUGCAUUCACGGGCCGGAGAGAUGGCGAUAGCGAAGAUGAAGAAGAAUACGAUGGAAAUGAUGAAAACGGCGAAGAAGACGAGGAUGAAGAUGGCGACGAAGAGAGAGAGGAAGGUGGAGAUUCCGAUUACUCUGGUGGAGAUCUGAAUAAUGAUUUUGACGACACCCAGCAUGGGAAUGAAGAUCUGGAUGAUGACGUUGAUGGCGGCCGCAAUGACGAAGAAGGGGAAGGCGUAGAUGAUGACAUAGAUGAGGAUUACGAAGAUGAGGACGUUGAUGAAGAUAUGGAGGAAGAUGAGGAGGAGGAAGAUGAGGAGGAGGAAGAUGGAGAGAGUGAUGAUGGCACUGAUCAAUCCAAUGACAAUGACAGCCAUAAAAAUGAGCCAUGUGUAUUAGAACGACAAGAGGUUGAAAGGCAGAUAAUCCUUAGAAAGUCAAACAACAGUAAGAAGUCAGACAAGAAACAACAAACUAAUGCAAACUACAACGACGACGAGGAAGAUGGCGACGACGACGAAGAUGGGGAGGAACUUCGCCUACCAGAAUGCACGGCCCUUGGUGAAUUUAAGUUGAAACAGUGCUCUAAGAGACAUUGUUGGUGUGUCAACAAACAAGGGGUGAAAUUAGAGGGUUCCAGGAGGUCUGGGGAGCUUCCUCUGUCUUGUGAAAGUUUUGAUCCAGAGAGAGAUGCAAUUCAUGAGAUGGAGCACCCAAAGAACUUAGCUUCCAUGAAUGGCAAUCAUCAUAGCAGUGGUCCCGCCUUUCUUGCUGUAGUAGCCAUCUUAGUGAUCACGGGCCUGCUUGGCUCGGCCCUGCUGGGCAUCUUCGUGGUCUAUAGGAUGCGCAAGAAGGAUGAAGGAUCAUAUGCCCUCGCAAACAGCAGCAACAAUGCCCCCGAACGCAGAAGUACAAGGUCAUUGAUAUUCAACAACGCCAACAACAACAACAACAGCGGUAGUAGUACGGGCUGCGGCGUCGUUGGCGGCUUUGUUGGGGUCGUCUCAGGUGGGGGUAAUAAAGAUCAGGAUCAACAUUUUGGUUAUAAUAUCCAGCAGCCAUUGCAACAGAUGCAGCAACAGCAGGAGUUUUAUGCUUGA